GAGCACCAAGCCCUACAUUUGAUGCUUCAAGAGGCGGUAGAGGUUCGCGACCACAUCCUUCAGGCCGCUUUGCCUUACCGCCGCCGGCCCACGGUUGGCAAGACGAAGAAGGCGAUUCUUCUGCAGCAUGUGCCCAAUGGCGACUCCUCCGCGCGUGCGACGGCCACCUUCCCGUCGAAGAAGCGACGGAUUCUCAUCAUGGGACCGUACCACUCCUGCACCAAUGCGAUGGCCAAAGAGUUGGAUCGACGCUUUCACGUCGAGAUCUUGAACGACUGGCACACCUGCAAGGCGGAUGCGGAUUGGAAGCAUCGUGCCCAUCACCGAGCACCUCCCGGUCUAGCGCCCGACGUCUUUUGCAUCCUCAUGGUGAAGGAGCCUCACUUUUGGCUCCAGAGCUGUUCCCGUGAGCUGCGCAACUUCUUCGAGCUUCGCCCGGUCGCGCUGCGUGGCACCACGCGCCGGGAGCUGCCGGCGCAGGAGUUGCGGCAGCUGCUGAGCAAUUUGGAGCACGACGGGAUCCUCUACGAGAAUGCCAUGGACCUGUGGAACGACACGAUGCAGUCCUACCUGGACGAUCACAUCUACCCACCCAGCCAGUCAGUGAUCGUCCGCUGUGAAGACUUCCUCUUCAGCUAUGCCAAGGUCAUGGACGCCCUCCAAAAACUGGGUGCGUUGAAGCCCCGCAGCGCGGCCGACACGGAGCCGUUGAAGGAGCGCGCCAAGGGUCACAAGGAGUGUCGUACUCGAGAUGAAGCCCUCGAGUUCUACCGCCAGCCCAAGAACCGGAAGGGUGCCUUCACCAGUGACCAGUUGGCCCUCAUCAACUUCGCCUUGGACGCUUCUGCAUUGGCCCAGCUGGGCUACGACCAGCCUGACGUGGUCCAGAACUGGAGCAACUCUGCGUGA